AUGGCAGACGAACUCGUACGGACGUUUGAAAAACUCGAUGUUCGAGAGUCGCCAGGCGAUGUUACAGAAGUGAAUUGUAAGCAGUUCCAACAUUUAAAUCCCUCGAAAAUAUUACCCAGCCCCUUGUCGUUUUUCCAAGAGGUGGAAGAAGCCGAAGUAUUGACACAAUUGCUCCCUCAAAAUGAGUUCGUACUAGGAAGUCGGCAUGGAUUGGCUUCGUUGAAACCAGAUAUGUCAAAAUUUAUCCAAGAUGGAAGUCGAUGCCACGUUUCCAAUUAUUUUGGCCACGAUCUGUUGACUCAUUACGACCAGUUUAUCCCACUGGCAACUGAUCAAUUGGAAAACAUGCAGGGCAUACAGAACUUCAUAAAUCAAUCGGGUUCGGUGAAGAAAGACGAAAAGCUGACUAUUAUAUGCUCAAGACACAAUCUUGUAGAACUAAUUAUGUCUCCCUUUUCGAAUCAAGACGUUUGCCUGUCAGCUGUGUACUCCAACGGAGUCCUUCACCUCUUUCCCGAUAAGUUGGCAUCACGCCAAGCUACAGGAAUACAUUCAAACGAUGAGAGAAUGCGCAAGCUAUGCUACACUGGCUUUGAACUGGAAAAUCUAGUAACGACACCAGCACAUUCGCAGGAAAAGACUGUCUUUUAUUCCAUUGUUCGCGGUCGAAUAGAUUCACAUUUAGAAUGCCUGUUCAAGGCCGAGAUAGACUGUGUGGACCCGACUACUGGAAUCUACACCGAAAUUAAAUGUUCUGCAGGGAUUAAACCACAAAAUUCAUACCACCGUCAAAAACUGUUGCGUAUGUGGGUGCAGACGUCUUUGAUACCGAGAACAACCUUGCUGGUUGGCAUCAGAGAUCCUUACUACAACCAACUGACUUCCUUCGAACGUUACACCAGGGGUCAGCUGUACCGCAAGUUCAACAAUUCCAAUUUAAAAUUUAUAAGGCAGAAUUACAAUUGCAACGCCAACAUAUCAGUUCAGUGGUUUCACCACAUAAUGAAGGUAAUUCAGAGUUGUGUGUGUCAAUAUGUCGUAGCCCAAGGAUCCGAUGACUCGCCUUUAUCAUUUAAAAUAUCCCUCAGCAAAGAUCUCCUUUUGAGAAUCCGGAAACUAAAGAACAAACCACCAGGGAGCAUAUUUUAA